GCAUAUUCUUUACAGAUACAGAUAUAGCUUGUUGGAGAAUAUAAGUCAAAAAUGAUGUGUGAAAUUGGCAAACUGACUUGAAAACCUAAAUUGUAUUGUUUUUUUAAAACAAGAUGGUGAAAUUGACUGAAAAACUGGUUCUGGCUAGAGCUCGUGCAAAUGAUCUGUCAAAUGUGAAAACUUUAAACUGCUGGGGCAGUGGCUUGACAGAUGUUUCAGUUCUGCAACACCUAAGUACACUUAAAGUUGUAAACCUCAGUGCAAAUGAAUUGACCAAAUUGGAUGACUUUGAAGCUUGUUAUUCACUGAAAGAGUUGUAUUUGAGGAAAAAUAAAAUUCAACAACUAGAUGCAAUAGAUCACUUGCAAGACUUAAAAGAACUAAAGUUACUAUGGUUAUCAGGCAACCCAUUCUGUGAUGAGCUUUCAAAUGAAGAAUAUCGUCUUAGUGUUAUAAGGCGUGUACCACAAGUACAAAUACUUGACAAUAUACCUGUAACAUUGGAAGAAAGACAGAAAGCACUUGCCAGCAACUUGGAAGAAACAUCUGAGGAUAAUGAAUUAAUUGAAGAUGUUUCAGAUCAUGAAGAGCAGUCUUCUAAUGUUUCAAACAAUACCUUGCCCUCUACUUCUGAAAUAUCAGAAAAUAUUGAUUUGGUCAACACUGGUCCAGAAAUCAGUUCUGAUUUGGUCAACACUGGUUCAGAAAACAGUUCUGAUUUGGUCAACACUGAGUCAGAAAACAAUAUUGAUUUGGUCAACACUGAAACUGAAAAAAGUUCUGAUUCGGUCAACAUUGAAACUCAGAAAACUUCCGAUUUGGUCAACACUGAAAUAUCUGAAAAUAUUGAUUUGGUCAACACUGAAAAUGAGAACAACCCAGCUAAUCCAAAUUCCAAAAUGAUUGAAACUGCGGCAUCUGACGACACAAAUCCAUCUUCAACCCCGGACCAAUCUGCCCUUGAAUUAUCACUUGAAGAAACAAACCAACUAAGAAUACAACUUGGUUUGAAACCGAUGUCAGUUGAAAAAUAUGGUUCAUCUAUUUCCCCACCUUUUAAACCAAGCAGAAAACAUACAACUACUAUUAAGAAUCAGAAUUCUCCACAGACAGAAAAACGUGAUGUUUUGAACGAAACUUUGGCUCUUGUUAAUUUACUUGACCAAGAUGAGUUGAUUGAACUACAAGAUGUUGUGAAGAACCGUCUUUCCACUAUCACAGACAGAGAUCAAAGGGCAGAGACCUCUAUAAAGCCUUUUUCGCAGAACAACAACAACAACAACAACAAUGUUGAUAGCAAUGUUGAACUACCAGCAAAAGGCCAAGUUCACCGCAUGAUGCAACGCAUGCAAAAAAUCAUAGACACUGGUUGAUUAUAUUUAUAUGGGCAAAUAUAAAUAGCUGUAUCUCAUAUAGUAUACAUUACUGUUCUAAUCAAUUUAUACUAAAUGUGAUUUUCAUGCAGAACACACAUACAGUUUUGUGUAUUAGUAAGAAAGACCUGUUUUUCUUUUCCAAAUAAACGUACUGUAUAAAUGUA